AUGGCGUGUGGCAAGCGGGACACCGAGCCUGGCGACCUGAUCGAGAUCAAGCGACCACUUUACCAGCACUGGGCCCUCUACUUGGGGGAUGGAUAUGUCGUCCACCUGACAUCUGCAGGGAUCCGAUGCCUGUCAGCCAGUAGUGACCCAACAUUGAGGAGAAAGGCCAAGGUGAAGAAGCAGCUCCUGACGGAGGUGGUGGGAACUAGUGACUGGGAGGUCAACAACAAGUAUGACCGCUCCCGCACCCCCCUCCCAGUGAAGGAGAUCAUCGAGCGUGCUGAGAGCUACAUUGGCAUGGAGAUGACCUAUAAUGUGCUCUGGGUAAACUGUGAGCACUUUGUGACAAUGCUCCGCUAUGGUGAGGAGAUCUCUGACCAGGCCAGGAAUGCAACUGUAUGGAUACACGAGUUGGUUCACAGUGCAUCCAGCAUUGGACUUGUCAUUAAUGCGACUCUGGCUGCUGCUCCUUUUGGUCCUGUUGCUGUUGUUGUUGCUGCUGUUGGUGCUGGUGCUGUGGCUGCUACUUUUGAUGCCCUAAAACUGCAGUUUCGGAGAUUGUAGGACAAAUUUUACAAAGCAAGCUACUGCAUGUUCAUUAUUAUAUUAUUUAAUUAUUAUGCUUUAUGUAAUUGACUGGCUAGAUUAUCAUAAAUAUUAAAAUAUUGUAAUAAAGAAAAAGUUGUGUAA